UUAGAUGAAUUAAGGAUUUAUUGUAUAGCAUUUUUGCAAGUGACUGUGUUAUAGUUUCACCUACCUGAAAGAAAUAAACUGACAUCUGAGUGUAUACCAUCUUCAUACAUAUUUCUAAAUUUUAACAACAACAAAAAAAGAUAGCUGAUUAAUAUAACUGAGUUAAUUAAUAGAUGAAAUGUUUUAGGAUGUUUUCCUGACCAUCGGUUACUUUAGAGACCAAUGAAGCUCGUAAAAAAUGUCUUUCCUUUUUAAAUCCAAUCCAAACAAAGACAAAUCUGAUGAUAUUAAAAUGUGAUCUGAUAUUUUUGAAUUCAGUUGUGCAGUGUGUUCGUGACCUGCCCCUCCUGUCUGCAGGAGGGGGCUGCUGACGCCAGCUGACAGCAGCGGGGUCGGGUUGGAAUUACAUAAAAGGUGGAUGGAGACCUCAUUUCAUUCGAACUACACCAACAGACUCGUCCUGCUGGAUUCACAAAAAAAACGGGAAAGUCACCAAAAAUGCAGAGGUGCUUUGGGAUUUUCUGUGCGUCGCUCAUCUUUUGCGCAACUCUCUCUGAGACCAUCGGCUUGGUCAUAGCGGCAAAGGAGAAACGUGGCUGGACUCUGAACAGUGCUGGCUACCUGUUAGGUCCCCGUCGUAUUGAUCACCUAAUUCAGAUAAAGGAUUCUCCCAGUGCCAGAGGCAGAGACGAGCUGGUCACUCAAUAUGGAAUAGAUGGACACAGGACACUAGGAGACAAGUCGGGUCUGGCUGGCAAGAGGGACAUGGUCCAAGAGGAGGACUUUAGAACAGGUUCCCAGAAAAUAGCAGAUGGAGACAUCAUCCACACUGUCAUUGACUUCUUGUCGUACCUCAAACUUAAAGAGAUGGGAGUCUUGGACAGCUUACCCUCCUCUGUGACAUCAGAUGAACUGGCCAAUCCCUAAUGUUUCUGCCUCACCAGUUCACCUGCCUCUGCUCAAGUCUAUGUUUCUGCUAUAUUUGUACCCACUGGCCUAAAUGUCACCUUACUGUAGUUCCAUUCACACUCUGAAUUUGUCCUAUUACCAAAAACCUGAUUCUGUAACUCAUUGUGAUAGAGGCUGAUUGUCCCUCAAUAUAAAUUUCACAUCUUUCUGCUCCUGUGUAAAUAAAACUUUCAUACCACUGACGUGAUAUGAUGCCACUGAUUGCAAGUGGUUCUAAGUAAUAGGGACGUCUGUUCAGAAACCAACACUGUAUUAUCAUUUGAAUACACUGAAUAUCAUCUGAUUUAAAAGAAUGAAGUGAAUAAACAAGCAAAUGGCACUGGACUCACUGGGCAACUUGAAUUUCUUUCUUUCCGUUAGUUACAAUCACAGUAUUUAUCAUUUACAUUUCAGAUACCACUGUGUUGAGAAAACGAGUGAUACAUUCCACAAUUUGUUAUUUAUACUGUAAAAUGUCUGAAUUCCCAGGAGGUUGUAC